UCCACACGUGUCCGGCUGCGGGGGGCCGGGGUCCCGAGCUCGGUCAUGUCGCAGCGGGCCCCCGGCCACGUGGGAGUGCCCCGGCGACUCAGGACCCCUGCCGCACGCCCGGCCCAGAUGCAAGUCACCCCUCUGGCUGCUCCUAUGGGUGCCCCGUCCAGGAGGAAGCGGUUGGAGUUGGACAGUGACCUAGACACCGAAUGUCCCACCCGGAAACAAGCUCGAAGUGGGCCCCAGCCCCGGCUGCCCCCCUGCCCGCUGCCCCUGAUCCCACCCCCUGCUCCAGCCCAGGCCCUCGCUGUGACCACUGCCUCCCGGCUUGGGCCCUAUGUCCUCCUGGAGCCCGAGGAAGGUGGCCGAGCCUACCGUGCCCUGCGCUGCCCCAUAGGCACGGAGUACACCUGCAAGGUGGGUCCCCUGGGGUCACUCUCCCCCAGCAUCACAGGGGCCUGGAAAGGGCCUUGGCUCCAGAGGACUGUCAGGGUGGAGGGGUCCUUAGGGUUACUUUGUUCCUGUGUUUACUGGGGAAGCAGUCAGUGAGCCUCCAGCUCUCUGUCAGGCCCUGGCCUGGGCUGAGGCCAGAGAGGUAAACCCGACAGGUCCAGCCCUGGGGGAUGCGCAGCUUAGGCCCAUAGUAUGAUACAGGCCAUAGGGGUGGAGCCUAGGGGCCGUGGGAGCACAGAGCAGGAGCCUCCAGUGUAUUCAAGGCGGGUGUCAGAAAAGCUGAGCAGGAGUUAGCCAGGGAGACAUGAGAGAAUGGAGAUCCGGGCAGGGGAGGCCGCCGUGCAGAGGCCUGAGGAGCAAGAGCGUGUGAGGCAUCAGAGGGUUCGAAGGACUUCACCCCGGCCAGACUGGAGAGGGGCAGGAGGGGAGGGCCGGCGGCCACCGGUUGUGAAAGCAUGAGAAAGGAGCUGGCCCUGGGCUGCGGGAGCCACUGAAGAUAUUUGCACAAGGGAAGGGUGAGGUGGGGUAGACAUCAGAACUCCUGGGACCCUGGAGGUCAUUGGGCUUAGCCUGUGACCAUUUCACAGAUGGAAAGACUGAGGCCAAGAAGGAAGGGCCAAGCACGAAACCUCACUGUAUCGGGCCUGGCUCCUAGGGCAAAGUCCAGGGUUCUUGGCAGAAAUCAGGAA